ACAUAUCAUACAUGUACAUUUUCAAAAUUGUUUGUAAUAGACUGAUCAUCAUAGCCCAGCAGAGAAAGGAACUAUGGUAGAAUUGUGGUAACAACAAAAACGUCGUAACCUGCUGCGAAAUGGCUUGUAGCAACUUUAAACUAUAUCGGAAGCUAGAACGGUUCGACGAUGUGGGCAAUAUAUUCAAAUUGAUUCGGAUAUAUCGCGCCAACGAGUGCUUGUGGAACCCCAAUUCCACAGGUUACAACAACCGAGCCUUAAAACAAAACGCCUGGACACGCAUCGUCAGCCUUUUCGAUAAUGAAUUUAGCAUUGAUCAGGUGAAGUUGCAAAUAUUGGCUCUUCGAAACUACUAUGAAAUCGAAAGGCGGGCCAUUGAACAUAGCAAGGUGGAAGGGAAACCUUAUGUACCGCGUCACUCCUAUUACUACGAUCUAGAGUUUCUCGGUGAAAGUGAGUUACCUAAAAUGGUUUCGUGCCUGACAAAUAAAAGCUACAAAGAUAACAUAAAUCGUAUUACCGAGGAUGGGUUCAUUGUGACCAACAAUAUCGGUCGCCUAAACAGCGGACGAGUUCCGCUCGAAAUGCCUGUUAAGGUGCGACAUAUUCUCAGAAGCUAUGAGAAUGCUGACUCAACAUGUGAUGACAAUUGCUAUGAUAACGAUAUUUUGAAUAAUAAGAACCAUUGCAAAUUUCAAGAAGAUCUUCCGAGAGAUGUCGGGGAGAGAAAAUAUAAUCGAUAUAGUUUAUCUUCUGAAGAAAUUCAUCCUCAGCAGGAAAAAAUACAAGCUGGGAACUAUGUAGAUGGCAGGGCUGAUGAAAAUGUACGCUCGGCCUCAGGCAACGAGAAAACUUACCCCACAGAAUAUUGUGUAAGAUGCGGAUCUGAAGACAAUUUUGAUGAUGACUGCAAUAUUUGCAUGACGCAAAGAAAAUUCGGUAGACAAGGUGGUAGAGCGGGAGAUCUAGACGAGUAUUGCUCGAGCGAACAAAGCUGUACAGAAGAGGAUAAUGAGCCAAUGCCCUACAAUAAUAGGCAGAGAUACCAAGAAAGUUACGGCAAAAGAUCAUGUCCCAUGCAAAGAAAGAAGUUCUCUACUCAGAGUACUGCAAACUCUUGUCGGCGCUGUACGCAGAGCACUUUCAACUUUGAUGACGAAGGGCCGGAAUCGAUGCAAAGAAAGAAGUGCUGUACGCAGAGCGCUUACAACAUUGAUGGUCAAGGAAAUGACUACAGUCUAGAGGUUCAAGCCAGCGUACAAUCUUGUACGCAUAGUGAACUAGCUCUUGAAGAUAACGAUAGGCUGAAUGCGGACGCUUUACCACGGGGAAACCGUUCCCGUCUAACAAAGAAAAAGAGCUGCAUAGAUAAAGGAACACGUACUACUAAAAAUAAUAAUUGCAACAAGAAGAGUCAGAACUCGCUAUACACCAAUUGGCCCCGCCCAAAACUAUGCAGACGUUUAAGUAGCAAUAACCAACAAAUCACUAUUCGUGGCAGAGACAGAUACCCCAAAGGAAGGUGCAGGUGCAUAGACGCAAAUAACAUGGGGAGGUGUGGAUCCUACUGGCAGAAGAAUAACGAUGCCAUGUGCAAAAUGCUCACCUCGAAUUGUGAUGUCGACAAUGAGGAGGGAAAUUGCAACUGCGAUUGCAAAUGCGACGACAGGAUUGGAAGAUUUCAAUCUGGGGAGCAGUGGAGUAACCAGUUUCCAGAACCAAACAUAAACCCUAAACCCUGCAAUGGCAAGAAAAGCUGCAAAAAAAGGUUUUCCUUUGCAUUUAAAACUAGUCCAGCACGGUAUUUUGGUAAAAUGGCAGCCCAUCGAACGCAAAAACUACAAGAUGGUUCCUUAAACUGUCCCAAAUCUGUGAAACCAAUGGCGAGUGCUGGAAACAACGAAACCAGCACAGACGGUCCUUGUGGAUACGGCACUACAACUGAAUCUUACGGAGCUAACUUAAAUAUUGGCAAUGGCAGGCCUCCUGAAUGUAUGAAUUACAUGGGGCCUAAUAGGCAAGCCAGAAAGUCUGCGCCGGAGAACGAGGGUUAUUAUAAUGAGACGUUAGCAUCCAGGCGCCCAAACUGCACAAUAACAAGCAGAAGUAUGCGAAAAGUGUCGUACGUCGAAUGCGAUGAUCCUCUCUGCCCAUCCAAGAUGAACAUGGAUGGCAACAAUACCGAUUACAAUCAAACGCAAGCUCAACAAAAUAUGGUGGAACCACCGGAGAACUUUUGCGAAGCAAACGGUAAUGGUGUGAGUGCUGUGGCGCCGACCAAAAUAGAUUUUUCGAACUUCCAAUGCAAUCCAAGACAACCUGAAUACGAAGAAAUAAAUAAGUACGGCCCGGUCGAUAAUUGUAAUAUGAAUUGUCUCGCAGCACCCAUGCAACCAGCUGCAGAGUCUCGCCAAGAGAGACCUCGGAUAUCGAUAAAUCGACCAAACACAGCAAAACGUGACCGGAUGGAUGAAAAACAAACUGCCAAAAUGCAGAAUGAAUAUAACUGCCAGAACAAUCAGGACCCUCCCCAACCUCCCACGACCUAUGACUGCACCUAUGAUGAUAAUGUUUCUAUGAAGCCUUCCGAAACUGAGGGAAGUUGCCAGCAAUUUCCUUUUACUGAUGCUGACUUCGACUGCGACUGUGGUUUUGAAAAUGAAUCCAUUAAUAAUCCAGAGCAGCCGGGCAACAAUAGUAUUCCUAAAAAUAAUGAAUAUUCGACACCGCAAAACAACAGUCCAUGCUACAACAAGCAGGAAAGAGGUCAGCCAUGGACCCCAAAGCAGCCACAAAGGAAAACUACUCCGAAGAGGGCACCACCUCCACCUCCUACCGCAGCGUCGGCGCCCAAGUCAUGUAAGCAGGACAAUACAGCUAUGGAUGAUUGCGACUGCUAUUCAAUAGUGGAAAAUCCAAAUCAGAAUGUAAAUAGACCAAAGGACAUUAAACCGGCCAAACAGCAGCCUAAGACACGUCGCAAUCCACAAAGCUGUAGUGAAAUUGGAUUUUGUUACGAUGAUCAGAAAAAUGUGAGAAGAAGAGACCCAAAUGUAAAGCAGGCUAAGCAGCGAAAAAAGUAUAUAGAGGAUGACUGCUGCUGUACCUCUGCAGAUAAUAUAAGUGAAGGGCAAAAUCGACCUCUAAAUAUACAAAGGCGAAGCCAAAAUCAGAGUCCGCGGCCAUCAUCCCCCCAAGACUAUGGAAUAGAUUGUUGUGAGGAUAUGCAGGAGACACCAAAAAGGCGAUCUCCCACAUCAAAGUCUAAGAAACAGCUUAUAAACUAUUUGGCUGCCGAGGACUGCUGUUGCGAUGACACCGACUUUUUCGACGAAACUCUCACCCAAAGCGAUCUGGACUGCUGUUCAGACUUUGAGUCUGACAACACUGAGCUUAAGCCAAAGGUGCCACAACGAAAGGGACCAGUAAACGGAAGAACUUAUACGCAGGAUUGUUGUGUUACUAAUAGACAAAGAAUGAGUGGGAAAGUCCUCGAUCCGCAAGAGCUUAGUGACUGCUGUUGUGAGGUGGAAAAGGAGAACACUAAUGAAAGACAACAGAAAAUUAAAAGGCAAGAAAAAAAUCAAGCCGGUAAGAACAAGGCAAAGAAUGAAGCCCCAGUCUUGGAUCAAAAUGAUAUCGACUGCUCUUGUGAGCAAGACUCCAAAGGCUCUAAAAAACCAAGAAACGAACAAUUUAGUGUUUUCAGAAAAAAUAAAAGGAAUAACGACCCAUGCGAUGUUAAACCUGAAUUAAACGACUGCGACUGUGAACAGCUAAUGCUUAACCAAAAAUCAAGGCAGUUCAGCCAACAGGAACUAGCUAUUCCAAGAAAAAGGGAAACAAAAGAUGCUCAAGUUGGAAUGAGUCCCAAUUGCUGUAGAUCAGAAAUAAAUAUAAGUAAUCCGAUAAAAUGCAAUGAUGGAAACGGAAACCAAAAAGUUAGUUCUUCUCCGCCCCAACCAUGUGGAAUUUCCUGUACUGAUGAAAUACCUAAUAACUGUGUUACCGAACAAAACCAAAAUCAAAACCAAAAUCAAAACCAAAAUCAAAACCAAGAUCAAAGCUGCGGCGGCUUUAACAAAAAAGAGCUGUAUAAAUACUGUGAAGUGGCUUGUGAAACCGAUAUAGAUAUGACACUGAACGAUCGAAAUACCAAAGCUACUGAACUGUGUCCAGCGACUUGUGUCGAUAAACCGAAAGAGAAUAUAAAAAUUAAAUCUUUCAGAUGUGAACCAGUCUGUGAAUUACCCAUCAACAUCUUUAAGGAAUGCAAAGAGCAACCCGAACUCGAUGGUUAUUGUAGCUGUGUCAGUAAUGAGGGCUCUCCAACUAAGAAAAGCCAAAGGAAUAAACAGGGAACGCCGAAGCCAAAUUAUAAGCCACAGAUGAGCCCAAAAUCGAAUAGGAAUGGCACAAUAAACAUACGUGAUCCAAAAACUAGACAAGAACAAGCAACAAAUAAUAUAAUAGAUGCCAUUACUAGGCAACAAGCACGAUCGCCUCGGGUGACUUCAAAUGCCAUUGAGAGCUUCAGAAGAUGUCCAAGGCAGCAGGAAAUCAGUUGCCAACAGCCGAACCGGUCCAGAAACAGUCCGCCCGGUUGCUGCGAUGCAUAUAAUCGAAGCAUGAGAGUACGUCUAUUGGAUGAUUGUAGUCCCAACGACUACGACUAUCAAAUGGUGAAAAACGAACGUCCACCCAAUUCGGUUCAUUAUAUCUGUAGUAUUAACAAUGAAACCAGCACUAAAGAUGCCCAAAACGAGAUAGUCAUUGUAUUGAAGAGCGAUGCAAAUACAUCAAUCUAUCAGUGUAGGGAUACUUCGCGGGUCCAGACUCCUAAGAAAAUGCAGUGUAACGCAAACGUAAGAAGGCAGUGUUCUGGUUCGGAGGCUUUCGCAAUGAAGGAUUCAAAUAAUCGCGCACAGAACCAAGCGCACGAUAAGUUGACCAUUUGCGUUCCAGCCACCUUAGAAGAGACUACAAAGGAUAUUUUAAGGGAUCACCUUUCCAACUAUACAGGUUUGGUUACGGAAAUGCAAAAGAUCAACGGCACAGGUCUUUACAGUUAUGAUGAGGAUGCGUUAAAACGACAGAUAGAAAAGGCAGUCCGUCCGCAGCCACGAACUCAACGGCGAAAAUCCAUUGUCAGGCCAUACAAGCCCAUAUCGAGGCCAUCGAAUAAGAAUCCGGGACACCACUAUUCACCCGAAGAUCAUUUAAUACGAAAAAUCCAUACAAUACGUCCGAAGAACCCAUUCCGAAAUAUCAACCUAAACGCUUCAAAACGAGAUGUUAUCAUAUUGUACCCACCUGUCAAGGAUUUCUGUGCCUCAAAGAACUCCCUGAAGAUAUUUAACUGCCAGCUACACGAAGCUCCCAUGAAUAAUAGCAAAAUACCCUUGGGAAAAGGUAUGACGAGGCAAACGGCAAUAAUGGGGGCUCGACUGUCGACGCCUCCACCACUACCCAUUAAGCCAAAGCGGGAAAUUCACAGUUAGGUUGACGUGCAAGUUCUUCUCUAUCCAUAGUUGUGCUUUCUUUACACAUACAUACUACUUCUAGAGCUGUGCUUGCUCAUCUGUAAUAAUUUGUAAUAAUACCUUUGUAUUUAUUUAGGCAAUAAAGUUUCAAUUGGUUAUUUCAGGGA